AUGCCCUUGACGUGUGAACAGCGCUCCAGUGAACAGUGUGAACAGCGCUCCAGUGAACAGUGUGAACAACGCUCCAGUGAACAGCGUGAACAGCGCUCCAGUGAACAGUGUGAACGGCGCUCCAAUGAACAGUGUGAACAGCGCUCCAGUGAACAGUGUGAACAGCGCUCCAAUGAACAGUGUGAACAGCGCUCCAGUGAACAGUGUGAACAGCGCUCCAGUGAACAGUGUGAACAACGCUCCAGUGAACAGCGUGAACAGCGCUCCAAUGAACAGUGUGAACGGCGCUCCAAUGAACAGUGUGAACAGCGCUGCAGUGAACAGUGUGAACAGCGCUCCAAUGAACAGCGUGAACAGCGCUCCAAUGAACAGCGUGAACAGCGCUCCAAUGAACAGCGUGAACAGCGCUCCAGUGAACAGUGUGAACGGCGCUCCAGUGAACAGUGUGAACAGCGCUCCAGUGAACAGUGUGAACAACGCUCCAGUGAACAGCGUGAACAGCGCUCCAAUGAACAGCGUGAACAGCGCUCCAGUGAACAGUGUGAACGGCGCUCCAAUGAACAGUGUGAACAGCGCUCCAAUGAACAGCGUGAACAGCGCUCCAAUGAACAGCGUGAACAGCGCUCCAAUGAACAGCGUGAACAGCGCUCCAAUGAACAGUGUGAACAGCGCUCCAAUGAACAGUGUGAACGGCGCUCCAAUGAACAGCGUGAACGGCGCUCCAAUGAACAGCGUGAACGGCGCUCCAGUGAACAGUGUGAACGGCGCUCCAGUGAACAGUGUGAACGGCGCUCCAAUGAACAGUGUGAACGGCGCUCCAAUGAACAGCGUGAACGGCGCUCCAAUGAACAGCGUGAACAGCACUCCAAUGAACAGCGACAAGUUUGCAGCUCAUCUUUGGGGACAAGCAAGUCCCCUCAACAACAGAAGCUUCUGGCAUUGAUAACGAAUUCAGAUUAA